CUCAAACUUAAGAAGAACAUUCCCAACACUACCUCUCAUUUACAUGGGACAAGGUAUUGAUGCUUAUAAGAUGCGUGAAAUCACUGAGCUGCCCCUGGAUCAAGUUAGUCAAAACACAUUAAGUCUCCCAAAAGUUGAUGCAGCUACCACAACUCCAGGAAUGGUUCAAGCUGCCCAAAAUGCAUUGGAUUCUAACAUAGAAAAGGACAUGUUCAACCAAACCAAUAGCUCUGUAACUGUCGAUAAAGGGGAAACUAUUGGGAAUCGAGAGAUGGAUGAGACUAUUAACAAACGAUUGAUUCAAAUUGAUCAAGACAAAAUAAGGCUUGCCACAAUGCAAAACACAGAAGAAUCACAUGACUCCAAAAUUGUUCCCACCGAAAAUGUGUCCAAUUCGCCCACAACCUUUGUAAUUGGUGGCACGAAACAAACCAUUGGAACUCAAGAUAUAGAUGACAACAUUGACAAGGAUGGAGGAAGCCUUUCAAAAGCACAAAACUCAGGGAUGUGUGACACUAUCAAAAAGCCUUCAUCUCAAGCUCCUCAAAAUGUACUUAACUCUACCACGAUUGAAAAUAUAGGUUCUAAUGGUUCAGAAAAAUCCCCUGACCCAGAAACACUUCCAAAUGAGAGUUUGCCAAGCCAGACUUCAAACCAUACUGAAUAUACAGCAACAAUUGAUCCAUCAACAUCACGAGCUCCAGAAGCCAUGACUUCAUCAGUGUUAGCAUUAGAUGCUGACAGCAACUACAAGUGGGUGAUUGACAUUUCGGUACAGAACUUGCCAUAUCUAGAGGCUGGAGUGAAGUGUCAUCCUCAAGUCCUUGAUUGGUUCAAUACAAAGAGACGAAGAGUGUUUGCUUCCUUAUUCACUGAAGUCACUCACAUUUAAAGGACCACUCGAAGACGUGACUUGACAGAGGAUGAUCGAACUACAUCAAACAGUGUUGUACUGCCUUAGAAGCAGUUGGUUUCGAUGGUUCUUGGCUCAGUUACGUGCAUGGUUGCAUUGAGAGCUGUGUUGAUGGCGAUGAACUCAAUAGAAAGCUUGAAGAGGCUGAAGCUAAAGCUUCCACUCUUAGAACUGAGUUAGCUUCUGUUGAGGCAUCCUUAGUCUCAUUGCGAGAUGAGGCGAGCAGGCUCGAUCAUUUUAUUGAGCCAUGAAGAUGAAAUUCACACUCAUCCUUGCUUGACUGGUUCAAUACAACAAUAUAUUUGCUUCCUCUUUCUUCA